AUGGCAUCCGGCGGCGCCUCCCCCGCGAUCUCAGUCCGCAGCCAGACGCCAGACAUCCCAGGCUCAACCACCCCACACGGCCUCUCGAAACUGAACAACGUCCUCUCAAACAGCACCAAUGCUCUGGCCUCCCAAACGUCCCGCUCGCCGAAGAUAAAAAUCUGCGUUUUCUGCGGUGCAAGCCCUGGCACUUCGCCCGCACAUAUGGAAGCAGCCCGUUCCCUAGCCCACGUCUUUGCCGCCCACAAUGUCUCCCUCGUCUACGGUGGCGGCACCGUUGGCCUGAUGGGCGAAAUAGCACGCACGCUCGUCUCCCUCUCCGGUCCCGACAGCGUGCAUGGCAUCAUCCCAGCACCGCUCGUGAAAUACGAGCGCGGCCCCGACUCCGACAUCGCGCUCGAUGGCGCAAUACCCGAGUACAAAACCUAUGGAAAGACAACAGUGGUGAAAGACAUGCAUACACGUAAGCAGAUGAUGGCGCAGGAAGUACUUGCAGGUGCGAGUGGGAGUGGGUUUGUGGCGUUGAGUGGUGGGUAUGGCACGCUCGAGGAGUUGAUGGAGGUCGUUACUUGGAAUCAGUUGGGGAUUCAUAAUAGAGGUGUGGUGGUGUAUAAUGUGGAGGGGUAUUGGGACGGCUUGUUGAGCUGGGUGAAGGGGAGUGUGGAGGCAGGGUUUGUGGGGAAGGGGAACCAGGAGAUUAUUCAAGAGGCGAGGAGCGCGGAGGGGGCGGUGAGGGCGUUGAGGGAGUAUCGGGUUGCGUCUGGACGGUUCAAGUUGGAGUGGGGUAAUGAGUAA